CUUCUGUCGGAAGUAGCUUGAAGUUGGYAGUGUGCAGUACGAAAAGUGUAGAAUUUUGCUUCGUAAAAAGGCAGUCAUUUACCCGUGUUUUCACAAAUACACUUUAUUUGGCAGACUAUUACAUUGUCAAGAAACAUGUCAUUAGCUGGGUUCAAGAAACAAAUAAACAAAGCCAACCAGUUUAUGAGCGAGAAGAUCGGGAGUGCAAAAGGAUCUAAGUUAGAUGAUGAUUUUAUCGAGUUAGAGCGGAAAACUGAUGUGACUGCAAAAUUGGUUGAAGAUGUAUUACACAGAACCAAAGAAUAUUUACAACCUAACCCAACUGCCCGUGCAAAGCUUUCUAUGCAGGGUGCAGUACAGAAGGUCCGUGGCGAAGUACAAGCAUCAAGGUAUCCUCAGCCAGAAGCAACAUUAGGUGAAACUAUGGUGAAAGGAGGUCAAGAACUUGGGUAUGAGUCAGAAUUUGGUCAAGCCAUUGGCUGUGUAGGAGAGACAUUUCAUCAAUUAGCAGAAGUYAAAGACUCCUUAGAUAAUUCAGUAAAGCAAUCUUUCUUGGACCCCUUGGCUUUGUUGGAAUCUAAAGACAUUAAGGAGAUCAUGCAUCACCGCAAAAAGCUUCAAGGAAGGAGACUGGACUUUGAUUGUAAAAAGAGGAAAGGAAGCAAAGUUCCAGCAGAGGAGUUAAGAAUAGCAGAAGAGAAGUUUGAAGAAUCUAAGGAGUUAGCAUACAAUAGUAUGAUGAACCUCUUGGAGAGUGAUGUGGAACAGAUAAGUCAACUGUCAGCUUUAGCAGAAGCAGUCCUAGAUUACCAUAACCAAUGUUCUUCUAUUAUGGAAAAUUUAGUGUCAAAACUCCAGGAGAAGUUGACUGAAGCUGCCAACAGACCACCAAGUGAAAGACCAAAGAUUACACCAAAAUAUGAUGAUGGUGAUAGUACAAGCACGGGCAGUGGAGGCAUGGCUUCUAAUGUGACCACACCCUCUCCACCACCCCAGCCAGCAAUGCAACACAAUAAAAACCAAUACAAGGCUUUAUAUGAUUUUGAACCUGAGAAUGAUGGUGAACUUGGAUUCAAUGAGGGUGAUGUAAUAACUGUUACUGAAAGAGUUGAUGAGAAUUGGUUUGAAGGGACAUUUAAUGGACGUACUGGCCUCUUUCCUUCUAACUAUGUUGAGCCACUGUAAAACAUGUCAAGUUUAAUCAUAAUCACUACAUAGAACAAGAAGAAUUUAUUUAGGACAACAAGGGUUUUCUUUCUAUUUUUGGUGUGGUGGAGAUAUCAAAUGUAGAUCAUAUAYAUUGUGCACUUUGCCUCAUACACACCAGUUGGGCUUCCUUUGGUAGUAACACAGGAAUCCUAUGCAAAAAGUUGCUUUUGAAGUAUUGCCAUUUGUUAGAGUUUCUUAAGUCCAAAAAGGUGACUAUAACUGGAAUACUUUAAUAGAACUUUCUUUUCAUACAAAUUUGAUAUAAGACACCGCAUUAUUUCAAUGCCUGCCUUUGCAGGCACUUAUGGAUAAAUGUCUACAGAGGAGUAUACCAAAAUCAUUAGUUGUCAUAUUGACAGGGAAAUAAUCACAUAGAAGUAGAAAUACAAACACUAAAAGAGUAUAACACAAAUCAAAAAUAAUAAAAACAAUUCAAUAAGAUAAUGUUUCUGUUACAUGUAAGUGCWAGAGUCACAGGUUUUCACCAUUUARCAUCAAAAUCYUUGCUUAUUUAGUGUGCCUUUAUGCUAGAAUAACAUGAAGUUAGUUUUUCCACCUUAWUGUUUUAGUGGUUUGCAGCAAGGCUAGUUAAAAUGGUUAGGCAAGUSUGGCAAGAGCAGAUGGAUUUCUAAGGUUUUUUUAAACUCAUGAAAUUGUUUAAAAUAUCCUGUCAGUAUUCAUCAGUAUUGUAAUAUAUCACGUAAAUAAAUAGUGUAUUCGUGCCAAUG